GCCAAGAAGGGACUUCAUCCUCUUCUCUAUCGUAUCACCGUUGUAGGCACAAAGGGAGGUACCUUUCCCAUUUUCAGCGCCGUCCAGCAGAAAGGAAGCAAGCUCUUCCUUCAGGCCGAUCAGGACACGCACAGCUUGUGGUCGGGCAAGAAAGUAGUCAGCGCGGCUACCGGUCAGGUCGCUAAGUUCAAGAAGCGAUUCGACUUCCUCUCGGGCACCACCAUCGGCAAGAAGAAGUAA